AUGCCUAAGAUAAAGAUAGGCCAUGUCGAAUAUACUGAAGGGUGGGUGCUUAUUGAACCCACAAUCUGUGAGCUGGAUGCCAAAAUUAGAGAAGCUGAAAAUGAUACACAUGACAGGAAGAGAAAGUGCAAAGCACUCUACCCAAUUUCCCGCAUUUCAAGAAGCCAUUACAUUUAUGAUCUUUUCCAUAGAAGGAAGGAUAUGUCAAAUGAUCUGUAUGAGUUUUGCCUGGACCAGGGUUAUGCAGACUGUAAUCUGAUUGUAAAGUGGAAAAGGUCAGUUGCCUCAACUUUAUAUCAUUUGAGCUAG